AUGUCUACCGAUGAAUUUGUUGCUCGCUCUCACAUCCUUCAUCGGACUUUCUCUGAGAGACCCUCGAAAAUCGUCAAAGGUGAUGGAAUCAGCUUGAUUCUCGAGAAUGGCAAAAGAGUAAUUGAUGCAAGCUGCGGUCCGUCCGUAUCAUGCCUUGGUCAUUCACAGCCGGAGGUUUUCGAGGCCAUCACGAACCAUCUCCGCGACGACAUCGCUUACGUUUAUUCGGGCUCCCCGUACACCAAUGCCGCUACGGAGGAAUUAGCUGACAUUCUACUUGCUGAUAAGCCGGGUGGCUUGUCAAAGGCUAUCUUUGUCAACUCUGGAAGUGAAGCUACCGAUGCUGCAUUGAAACUCGCCGUGCAGUAUUGGCAUGAGAGAGGCCAGCCAAAGCGAACUCAUUUUAUUGGGCGGAAACAGAGCUAUCACGGCAAUACCAUUGGCGCUCUGUGUGUCUCCGGUCAUGAAUCGCGCAGGGAGUUCUAUCAGGAUUUUAUGUCAUCGAAUGUUUCGUUUGUUGACCCUUGCUACGCCUACCGGAUGAAGAAGGCCAAUGAGUCGGAUGAGGCUUUUGUUCAACGGCUAGCGCAGCAGUUUGAAAAUGAGAUCUUGAGAGUCGGUCCGAAUCGUGUAGCUGGGUUCAUUGCCGAAACUGUUAGUGGCACCACUCUUGGCUGUUUACCGGCAGUUCCGGGGUAUUUCAAAGCCAUUCGAGAGAUAUGCGAUAAAUACGAGGUUCUGUUAAUCCUAGAUGAGAUCAUUUGUGGAAUGGGAAAAACUGGCACCAUGCAUGCGUGGGAGCAAGAAGGGAUUCGAGGUCCGGAUAUCCAAACUAUUGGCAAAGCCCUCGGUGCAGGUUUCGUCCCUCUAUCUGGAGUUUUGUUACAUCAAAAGAUUUUCGAUGCUCUUUCCGCUGGCUCUGGAGGUCUCGCCCAUGGCCACACAUUCCAGGCUCAUCCACUAGCAUGUGCCGCUGCUAUCGCAGCUCAGAAAAUUAUUAAGCGUGACAAUCUGAUUCACAGGUCUAGAAUCAUGGGCGACAAGUUAGAGGCACUUCUUCGCAAGGAGAUUGGCCCUCAUCCUCUAGUCGGCGAUAUCCGGGGACGUGGGCUGUUUUGGGGAGUCGAGUUUGUUCUUGAUAAGGAUCGGAAGACACCAUUCCCGAUCAAAGCCAAUUUCUGCUCGCAGGUUGUCAAGAACAGUCUCAAUCUCGGUUUAAAUAUUCUGGGAAAUCUUGGACAUACUGGAGAAUAUCAGGUCGAUCACAUUCUGGUUUGCCCUCCUUACACUGUGACCGAUGGUGAACUUGAGGAGAUCGUUUCAAUUCUCAAGGUCGCUAUAAACAAAACGAGCCAGCCAUUCGUUGAACAGGUUCAAGAUGGGUUUGUGGAGGGGAGGCUUUGA